UAAUUUCUGGGUCAGGAUUUUAUUGUAAUGAGCAGAAAUACCGUUGUUGGGAUUUUGUUCCUUGACUUGCUGCAAUAUUUUGUUGUGCUGUUAGUUAGUGGAAAGUGGAUUAAUAUUGCUGGCAAACGACCUACAUCUCAAAGCAGCGCUCAAAUUCACUAUCUGGCCAGUUGUGCCGUAGACCAAAAUCCUUAUAGCUGCUCUCGAACCCGUCAUCUGGUGAAACAGAUGGGGAGAGUUGAUUAAGAAAUGCGAGCGUGGGUAGUAUCUGUUGCAAUUAGACCUGGAAGAAGACUACCAAACGUUGAUAUAAGAAUAAGUGAUGAGGAAAGAGUGGCUUUUGAAUCUAACCCACUGUGUCGCCAAGGUCUUGAAAUCAUCGACACUAUUUUUCGAUCAUACGACUGUGCUGAGCCAAUGCUGGGCAAAUAUGUUUAUAUUUCACUCAACUACAAAGAAGCAGCAACGCUGGAAUUGUGUGAUGUACAGAUUUUAACUUCUGGAUCCUUUCCUACAGGUAGCGUAUUUGACGAACUGACUUACCGUUUUCUGCUUUACUCGCAAUUCGUCCUGGGAUAUUUACAUUCUUCACUUGGAAGUGAUAGAUUUUUGUUGAAUGUAUCAAAUAGCGGAUACAUGCAUGAAACGGUAGUUCAUAGGAAAGACAUCAUCAUAGAUCUUCCGCCAAAAAUAGAAAUGUUGAAGAGGAACGUUGCUAUCCUAAUACCUUUCAACAGAAGUUUCGAACACUAUCGGAAAGAUACGUGUGCUCUGAGUGUGUUUUUUGACCAUUACAUCAAUGGAACGGUCCUUGGCUACUCUGAGGUUAAAGGAACUGUCUCGGUCAAAAGUGCUCACUAUGAUAUCUAUAUCCAUUUAACAGGUGAUAAUGAAAAAAAAACGCGAGAGCGGGUGUUCCAUUGCAAUAUUAGAGACGUGCGAAUAAGAGGAGCUAACAUUUGUGACCUUCAAAACAAAUGUGGUGCCUCAGUCGGAUCACACUGCGACAAAACAUUUAUCAGUCCGUUACUCCCUCCGGGCGGGUAUCACUGCAAGUGCAAUGUUGGCUUUGUUCCAUCUCCUUCUUCAAAACUUGGUAUGGACAACCAUGUUAAUCCCGGCGAACGCUGCAUCAGAAAACCAAAAGCGAUACAACACAGCAACAAGAAUCUUGCGUUAACGAUGAAAGUAACUGCGUGUUCGACUGACAACUUUGACGGUUGCAAGAAAGAGUCGGGCUGUAAAGAGGUUUUCGCUUUUCGCCGGUUUGUAGUGGAUGGUAUUCUAAAAACAUGCUUUCUUUCACUAAAUGAAAACAAACCUUGGCUCAUUGUGCAUCUGGACGACUAUAGGCCAGUGUCUUAUGUCCGUGUUGCUGCUUCCCCGAAAUUUCCUUUGGAUCGUCUCAUAGUGUCCGUAGGUGAAAUAAAAGGAAAGUUAACUCAUUUUAAAAUGUGUGCAUUUCGGCGCGUGUUGGAGAAAGGACAGCAGUUAAGCUUCGGAUGUAACGAUUACUUGUUCGGAAAUGCCGUUCAAAUAACGACUAACUCUCGCAUACUGAGUUUAUGUGAGGUUGAGGUGUACUCUUACUCGUAUGCGAACGUUGCUUUGCAACCUACAUCUAAACUCAAAAAGUCUUUCAUGAACGAUGGAAAUCUCAAGUCAUGUUUUACGAAAACAGGAACUGUGUGGUCUCUGGACCUGGGAAAUAAUGUCCGCGUAGCGGUGGUAUUUAUAUUACAUGGUCGUUCAACGUAUCUUGAAGGUUCUGAAAUAACUGUUGGUUACUCAAUCAAGAAAGAAAUCUGUACAACAAUUCCUAAAUAUGAGGAAUUGGGAAAUUACUUUGAAUGCCAGAAGCCGGUUAUUGGGGAUAGCUUGGAAGUUGAGUUGAAAAGUCGUCGCACUUUUGAAAUUUGUGAAGUGGAGGUUUUUCAGACAAAGACAGUAAACGUAGCUGCAAAGCGUCCUGCUACUGCUUCUUCGAAUAGUGACAAAGCAUACAGAGGCUGUGAUCAGAAAAUAGACAAAUCGUUCAUUAUCAAUGACAAAUGGGAUUCUCAGUGGUGGGCAGUAGACUUGAUGGCAGUAUGCAAAAUUCAUUUGGUGCGGAUUGUGACAGCGACAGGCUACAAACCGGCUGACCUCAAAGAUUUAAAGGUUGAAAUAGGAUCUGAUGGAACUGAAGUAGCCAGUCUGGAUUCUCCAACAGCAGAACCUGUCCAGACUAUGAUUGUUUCAAAAGACACCAGAACGAAGCUUGUAACCAUCAAGAUGUACGUUGCCCACAGACUCGCGUUCCGCGAGGUGGAAAUUUACAAUGGCCCGUUGCUAGUUGUUGAUGUCUGUAAAAAGCCUGAUAUUUGUGGCGACAAUUACAAAUGUGUGAAUAGGAAAAAAAGUCAUUCGUGUAUUUGUCCAAGUGGAUUCCAAAUAACAGGGCGAUAUAGGAAAUGCAAAGACAUCGACGAAUGCACUUCUAAAAAUGCUUGUCGGAGGCACGGGAAGAACUCUUAUUGUAAUAACACCGCUGGAUCAUAUGAGUGCUUGUGCAAGGAGGGUUACGAAGCUGUGAGUGAUCCCAAAGGAAAACUUCAAACAUGUCGAGACAAGGAUGAAUGCAGUAAUCCAAAAUUGAACGAAUGCAGUGAUGGUACCACAUGCGUCAAUAAGAUGGGCAGAUACACUUGCAAGUGUGCUGUGGGAUAUGAGGCAGAUAAGGGAAGUAAAGAUAACGGCAUAGACAUCAAGUGCAUAGAUGUUGACGAAUGCACCGAUGUUCACGCGUGUGGUGCCCAUAUGACUUGUGAGAACACGUUUGGAUCGCAUUCUUGCACAUGUCACCAAGGAUUCCGUCUGGACAAAAGAAGUAAAAGCUGCACAGAUAUCGACGAAUGCAAGGAAGAAACAUUCAAUUGCACAGAGCUUUUAAAGUGUAAAAACCUGAUUGGCGCUUACGAAUGUGGCUGUGAGGACGGUUUAGUCGAGACAACAGAUGGAACUUGUCGAGGUAACACAUCAUAUUCUUGUAGGAUUUUGCCUCUUAAAAAGGUUCUAAUUGACAUAAGGGUUAAGUUAAUUGAACCCGAGCUAGAAGAAAAUAAAAAUUUGUCGGAUUUUGACCUUAGCGAAGUAGAAAGCGGCGAUGAAGGUGAUGAAGAGUGGACUACUGAACCUGCUCCAGUACAAGUUCAUCCGUUUGUGGCAAAUACUGGAUCUAUUAGUGUCACAACAGGGUUUUCAGCACUUGAUUUCUUUAAACUGGUGGGCUUUUGUGAAAAAUUACCCCCUUGCUCCAAUGGCCAGUGCAUGAAGAAUGCAAUUUGUAAAGUUUUUAAAGGCACUGACCUGUGUGAUUGCACAAGAGGCUAUUAUUUCAGUGGAGAGGGCUGUGUUGACUACAAUGAAUGUGAAUUGAACAAAGAUAUCUGUGGUUCAAACUCUGUUUGUUCAAACACUGAGGGAUCUUACAAAUGCAACUGCGAAGUUGGCUACAAGAGUGCAAAUGAUGGUGGAAAAAAAUGUUUCGAUAUCAACGAAUGUGCGAAAUUGGAGAUAUGUGGUAAUACAGCAACCUGUGAGAACACUAUGGGAUCAUACACUUGCACAUGCCUGGAUGGAUUUACUUUCGAUUCACGAAAAAGGAUAUGCGUGGAUCAUGAUGAAUGCACGACUGGUCAGCCAUGCAAUCCCAAUAUGAUUUGUAAAAACACAUUUGGAUCGUACACCUGUGGCUGUCGCGAAGGAUAUCGUUUAGACCAAAUGCAUUGCGCAGAAAUUGAUGAAUGCAAGGAAGAAACAUACAACUGCCCUGAGUUCUCAAGUUGUAAAAACCAAAACGGCAGUUAUGAAUGUCUCUGUAAGGGUGGUUAUAGAAAGGCAUCGGAUGGAAAUUGUUCAGAAAUUUGUCAUCCAGAAUGCGAAGCAAAUUCAUAUUGUCAGAAUGGAAAGUGUCAACAAGCGUUUCUUGAGUCAUCAGGCGUUUCAUUCCACUCCCGUGUUUUGUUCCUUAUGAUUGCGCUGCUGUGUUCCUUGGUCCUGCUGUGGUUCGUGGUUUUGCUUUGA